AUGUCUCACGCAUUGCUUCUCCGACUGUUCUUAUCCCCCUUCUUCUCCAUUUCCAUCGCCAUGCAGUACCUCAAGACAUACCCGGACAAUAUAGGAAUAUCACAUUAUCUCUGUUGGAGGAUGAAGAGAAUGCCACCCGAUGAAGUCGAAUUUUAUUGGCCCCAAAUCUGCCACCUGCUGCUCACAUACCCCACUUCAUCCAAUGCCCUCGAAUCCUUCAUCAUCCAGCGCGCUGAAGAAAGCACCCAUUCAGCCAUGCUCACAUUCUGGUUCAUGCAAGCUGCACUCCGCGACCUCACCCCCACCCGUCAAGCAAACCCCAUCCCAUUCGCCAUAUGCCAACGUAUCCUCCACCGCUGCCAUUCCAUCAUCUUUGGCGACCCACCCGAACCCUCUCGCUCGCCUUACCGGUCACUGCCCCAGGCUUCUUCGGCUCUUGCCUUGGGGCAGGCGCCUUUGGGAAGUGGGGGUCUGAGUGACAGCAGUGCGAGAAAAGGAGCAGAACAUGGCAGAGUGAACCCUCAUAUUCCAGCUGCGCUUGUCGGAAUGGGUGUGGUGCUUGCUGGUACACCAGGAAUGCCCGCGAUGGUCGACCUGGUGGGUGACUGGGCUGUAACACAGGGGAGGAGACCGAUAGAUGAUUCGACCGGCGGGAGGAACCGAGUAGAGGUGGACACUGAGGGAGGCGUAGAUGUGCAGCCUGACAAGCUCGGGCGGAGAAUACAGAUCAAAGAGAAGGAAGAUAGCGAUGGGUCGGACGAGGAAGAUCCUGCUCCUGAAAAGGGUCAGAGACCAAAGGUCUUCGACCUCGGCUACAACGCAUCUACUACGCAGCUUCCCCAUCCAGCGCAAACUGCACCUGAUCUCUACUCCCCACCGCGAACGCCUGAACCCGAGCCAGAGAUAGUCGAAGACAAAUUCACUGCCAGGCUCAAACGAAAAGGCUCAGAUCCUUUCGGCCAGAUGCAACCUCAACAAAGUCCCGGUUCAAGCGACACUCCCCCCAAGUCCGCCCACCAGCCAUUCUACUCUGUUCCCGAACUGCUCGUCUCGCGUUCCCCUAAUGGUGGGGUGAAUGGAAGAUACACGGGAGAUCGUCCCCCUUCAGCGGAAGCCAUCUUGGCUGCCUACAAUCUGGAGGCGCAAAAGCAGCUGCUGAGAAGUCAUUACUGCAGGAGUGAAGUUAGAUUCUUGCUCCUGCUGGAGGACAUUAGCAACAGACUUUUGGUGAUUCCCAAGCCCGCGCGUGUCAGCGCUUUGAGGGCCGAGUUGACCAGUUUGAAUCACAAUCUCCCUGCCGAGGUUUGCAUGCCUCUGUGGUGUACUGCUGAUCAUUCUCACGAGCAAGAAGCACCGUCCAAUUCUUCCCAAAAACCCCGCACUUUCCGUGAACGCAUUUCCGGCAAAGGUCACUCUCGCGUUGUCCGCAUCUCUCCAGGCGACUCUGUCGUUCUCAACUCUGCCGAACGUGCGCCGUACCUCUUGCAUGUUGAGAUUCUUGAAGGCGACCUCGACUUUGACCCGACCAAGCGCGAGAAUAGAGAGUUGUUGAAGAAGAUUGUGGUGCAGGAAGAUAUGAAGAGGCGGAAGAAAGCGGGGCUUGGUGGAGGAAAAGACGUGUACGGGCUGGGGCAUGGGUUGAAGGGCACGAUACAUGGGCAGGAUGGGUUCGGCUCGUUGAUGCCAAGCUCAAUCCCUGCUGAGCCCCCUUCUCCCAACCCAGCCCCUCAACAACCAAAGUCGAAACCUCCCAUCUCUCCAUCGACACCACGCAAAAACGUCAACGUAGCAGAAGUGGAGGAGGUAGACCUGGUGGAGCAGAUGUACGGCGCCAAGCUGUCAGUACACGACGAGCUGCCUGACUUGACCGAGACCAUCCCUCUACCAAGCGGCCCGAAAAACAAGCAGCUGGAUCUGCAAGCGUGGGAGCGCGGGUCGCCCGUGAGCACACCUGGGGUUGGCCAAGGGUACAACUAUGGCUCCGCCUCCGCAGUCGGCUCGCCUUCACCACAGUCCAGCCAGGUGGUGCCCUCUAUCAGCUCGCCCAUCCCUGCUGGUCCUUCUGGUCCUUCUGCGCCUUCCACUCCUGGAUCACAUCCCAUGACCACCGUCGGUCGUCCUCAGUCACCGAAAAAGGCAAUCUCGCUUGAAGACUACUCUGAGCGUAUGCGUACAGCAGCAGUGAUGCUCGCGCAACUAAACGCAUCUCUGAUCGAAGCGAGUGUCGAGAACCAGGGUUCAUCGUCUUCUUGGAUUCCUGGUACAGGCUGGAUUUCCCGGAAAGACAAGUCGCAAUUACCACCCGAUGGCAGCGGAGCGAACGGAAAAGAGCCCGCACCAGGUUCUACUGGGGGCAAGCUCAAGCUUGCUGCCAUCCAGGCGGCUGCAAUCAAACAGCGUAUCAUGGAAGAGAUGAUGGCGCUCGAGGAAGAGCGCGUAGAGCGGAUGACGGAUCGCCCACAAGGGGUAGAGAUCACUGAGGGCGGAGACCAAGGCGGCAACGGGUCAGGAGGGACAGCGGAGGAUGAAGGAAUUGUGAGAAGGGAGUUGAACAAGGCCGAUCCGUCGGCGGCAGUCUUCAAGGAGAGCUGGACGGCGAAAAAGAGUAGGAUUAGAGCAGCCAGUCCAUGGGGACAUCUGGUCAACUGGGAUGUGAUUUCGGUGAUUGUGAAGACUGGUGCCGACUUGAGGCAGGAACAGCUUGCGACACAACUCAUCAAACAGUUCGCCAGGAUCUGGAAGGAAGAAAAUUGUGAAUGCUGGUCAAGAUUCUUCAGAAUAUUGAUUACAGGAGAGACAUCUGGGCUGGUCGAGACAGUCACAGAUGCCGUCUCUGUGCAUUCUAUCAAAAAAGGAGAGUAUGCCAAACGGGUGGCAGAGGGUGGAGCUAUCGGACAUGUGUCACUCAUGGAUUACUACGUCAAUACCUAUGGCAAGCCCGACUCUGGCCGAUUCGCCCGCGCUCAACGCAAUUUCAUCCGCUCUCUGGCCGGAUACUCCAUCAUAACCUACCUCCUCCAGAUCAAGGAUCGUCACAACGGUAACAUCCUGGUCGAUCAGGAUGGGCAUCUGAUACACAUUGAUUUCGGGUUUAUGCUGAGCAACUCUCCCGGAAAUAUGGGCUUUGAGGCGGCGCCUUUCAAGAUGCCACUUGAAUAUGUCGAUAUCAUGGGUGGUUUGGAUAGCCCUGGAUAUGCGUAUUUCAGAAAGCUGUUCAAGCAAGGUUUCGAGGCUGCGAGGAAACACUCUGAUAGUCUGAUCAGUAAGUCUAGCUCGAGUGCGACUGUGAGGUACAAUGCUGAUGUUCGCUCAGCUAUCGUGGAACUCAUGCAGAGAAACUCCAGGCUCGACUGUUUCGUCCUGUUUGGCGAGCAGACUUCAGCGCACUUCCGCGAACGGUUCCAGCUUGGUCUCACGACCCAGGCUGUGGACGCAUAUGUGGAUAGACUCAUUGUCUCUUCCACGGGAAGCAACUACACGAGACUGUAUGAUACUUUCCAGUACUACUCGUGA